ACCGUGUCGGUUCAUUUUUCACUCAACCGUCACAACUUCCAAUCGAUCGAAACCGCACGAGACAACAGCACAGCAGCUAGCAAUACGCGAGAACCGCAACCAAGUCCCAAGCCAGCAGACAACCAAGCAACCAACGGCACACAAGCCAUCAUGCCACAGAAGGGCGAGAUCAAAGGGCAGUCGCAGCAGACUGAGUCUGCGGCCAAGCAGUACUAUGAGCAGGCCAAGGACACGGUCGUCGACAAGUACGAGAAGGCCAAGGACUGGAUGCAGCAAGACUCCUCUGACAAGAGCACCGGCGAGGAGCUGAAGCAGAAGGCGCAGGAAGCCAAGGACACGACGCAGCAGAAGGUGCAGGAAGCCAAGCAAACGGCCGAGGAAAAGGCCCGGGAGGCCAAGGAGAAGGUGAACGAGGAGUGGUCCAAGCGCGAGCGCGAGGCGAAGAAGGAGGAGGCCGGCGAGCACGCCAAGGAGACGGAGUCGGCCAUCGGGUCCACGCUCAGCAGCGCGUACGACCAGGCCGCGGAGAUGACCAAGGCCGCCAAGGACUAUGUCGUGGACACGUUCAAGAGCAAGACGACCUCGGACGAGGACGAGCAGCAGAAGGCGGAGAACCGCGCAGACAACGCGCGCAUCGACAUGAAGCAGGCCGGGCAGAAGUUUGGCGAGGAGGUCAAGCAAGGCACGGACCGCGCUGGCGAAUCUGCCAGGAAGGGCGCGGAGGCAUCCCACGACUACGCCAAGAAGACCCUUUCAAGCAACUAACUGAGCAGCUGCCGUCGCAGCGUUGUGGGCGCACAACGUGCGUGCCGUGCUGCGAUGUGCGUGCGAUACCCAUGGCUGUUGCUUCUUCUUCUCCUUCUUCUCCUUCUUCUGCUUCUUCUCCUCGUUGAUGUUGCUUUCUUCACUUCUUCCAUACAACCCUCGUUGCCUGCCUGCGUGCUUGCAUGCCUGCCUGUUUGUUCCUCUUGUUCCUCUGAUGCUGGUGAUGUCUGUUGACAUAACUCUGAUGUGAUGCUGUGGUGCUGUGAUGAUGGUGUGAUGGUUGACAUGGGUGUGAUGUGACGCUCGUGUGCGCGGUGCAAGGGUUCUUUUCGUUGCUGCUUUUGUGUUUGUGUUUGUGUUUGCGCUGCCCGUGGAAUGUUUGUGCAUGUUUUCCAUAAAUCGUCCCAACUGC